AUGAAUGAGCCAGACGAUUUCGACCCAAAAUACGGAGGUCUGCAAAUACGAGAGGAUGAUUGUUCCUAUGUCUGGCAAAUUACACCUGAAGACAGAUGCGAAUGGGUCAAGACAAGUCCACACUGCGAAUCAGAUUCUAUCAUUCAGUAUUCAACAUUACUCUUCUGCACAUUUUCAAGUGUUUAUCCUGGAUUAUUUGCUAUUGGAAUUAUAAUUAUAAUUCUCUGGCUGCUGUACCUUUUCCUCAUACUGGGAACAGUUGCUGACAACUUCUUCUGUCCAUCGCUAUCGGUGAUAGCGAAUGUUCUGCAUCUAUCGGAAAACAUAGCGGGUGUUACGAUUUUGGCAUUUGGAAAUGGAGCACCGGAUAUAUUUACAUCCCUGGUGGCUAGUGAUAAAGAGAUGGUGAUCAUAUUCACGGAGUUGAUUGGAGCUGGAAUUUUUGUUACUGCUAUUAUUGCUGGAUCUGUUGCUGUCGUAUCACCAUUUGCUGUGUUGCCGAAGCCAUUCGUCAGAGACUGCCUAUUUUAUAUCGUCGCUGUAUGCUGGAUCUCGUACAUCAGUUACGACGAGAUGGUCCAUCUCUGGGAGGCACUCAGUUUUGUGGUGAUUUACAUCCUAUUCAUAGCGACGGUGGUUGGUAUGCAGUACUACGACAAUCGUGAGGAAAAGCGAAAAGCGAAAAUUCCGGGCUUACAAGAUCCCGAAAUGCUGAAAACAUUUCUGGCCUACGAGGAAACGGAUAGCGAUAUGCACCUGCCGAUGAGGUCAACCGCAUUUAGCGUCAAAGCCAAAUUGGAUGUGGCUAUAGCUGCAGAAAUGGCGAAUGCUAGGGCCAGAGGUGAAUCCAUUGGGAUCGAUAAUCGUAGGAGUUCCAGUGGUUCAUCCCGAUCCCACCGUCCCGUGGGUCUCUUCCAUGAAUUUCUCUACGACUUGAAUCCCAUCAACCUUCAUGAUUGGCAAAAGUCAAGUAUUCUCGUACGCUCCCUUCUGGUAUUACGUGCACCAGCAAUGAUUGUUCUUCAGCUCCUAGUGCCUGUGGUCAACGAGACAGCUAUCAAUCACGGAUGGUCAAAGUUACUCAAUUCCCUUCAACUCUGUACUGCCCCUAUUGCUGUGCUCUUCAAAUUAAAUCUUUGGAGAAACACUAUUGGUCCCGUGCCAGUAGCUCUCGUUUUCCUUGUUCUCGGUGCUAUUUUUGGAGUUGCUAUUUUUAUUAUGACGGGAAGAGAUAAACCCAAGUAUCAUAAUGCAUUCGCAUUUCUGGGGUUUAUCAGUGCAAUGCUGGUGGUGUACGUAGUUGCCAAUGAAGUAAUGGCGGUAUUGCAGUGUGUUGGUUUUGCAAGUGGAAUAUCAGAUGCCAUGCUGGGAAUAACAUUACUCGCCUGGGGUAACAGCGUAGGGGAUCUCAUCUCAAACGUGGCAAUAGCACGUCGAGGCUUUCCACGCAUGGGAUAUUCCGCCUGCUUCGGUGGUCCACUCUUCAAUACCCUUUUAGGACUGGGUCUCACAUGGACAGUCUCCACCAUCAGCAAAUCCGAUUAUCGUACAAAAAUCCGAACUAGCGAUAUGAUGCCUGGAUGCCUGGCCUUUCUCCUGUGCACAUUAGUCAGCUCUCUCAUCUACCUCAACACCGUUGGCUUCAGGGCAAGAAAAUCCUACGGUUUCCUCCUGUACUCCAUCUACUUCGUCUUCAUGCUCGUCAACUUUCUCAGCGAGAUACACUAUAUCCAUCCUCUUGGUACGGAUCAUCGGGAGGAUUAAAGGCCUCCAUCUCCACCGGUGCGUAUUGGAAAAUCCAUCAGGAGCAGUCCACUUAGUGCCGAAUUCAUUAUUGUACGGAUGGAGGGGAAAUAAAAUCCUCAUGGCUCUUGCCUUUUACUUCUUUUUCUGGUUUCUUUGGUCGUG